AUGUCUCUCUGGAACAACACGGUGGGAGCUUGCUUCCCCGCCGCUCCUCAAGGCGAUCCUACUCUCCCUGUCACCGCCUACGAGGGCGAGCGUCGUGUUUCCAAUGGACAUCGCGACAAGCGCCCGUUCACCUUCCGCCGCCUCAUCAAGUCGUACUGGUCCGACUGGGCUCUCAUCGGCCUUCUCUGUUCACUCAUCGUCAUCUCGCUCUUCGUUCCCUUGGGGGCUCUUCUGAUUCUCUCGCUCAUCGUCGCCCGCAAUGCGUGGGACAUCCACAACUCGCUCGUCGGCUGCACUAUCUCGUGGCUCAUGGCUGGUGUCGUCACCAACAUCAUCAAGAUGGCUGUUGGCCGUCCCCGCCCCGAUCUGAUCGACCGAUGCCAGCCCAAGGCCGGCGCGCAUGACCGUCCCGUGUACGGCCUCUCCAACUUCACGAUCUGCACGCAGACCGACUGGCACAGGCUUAACGACGGUUUCAAGGACGUUCUUGUCGGAUCCCUCCUCGGCUACCUCGUGGCCUUCAUCACGUACCGCGCGUACUACCCUCGCACACCCCGUGUGCCACCUCCCGCUCCUGCCCAGCUCGAGCGAGGACGACGCCGACGACGACUACGGCACGGAUCUCUCGAACGGCGUCCGCCUCCUCAACGACGAGGGCGUCCCCCGCCAGAGCGAGGACACUGCCGGCUGGCAGAACCACUCGUAGUCCCUGUCGUCGCCCUUGUCUUGUACGAAGUACCUAACGCAGUACCAGCCGAGCUCGAUACCAAACAGGAAAGAUACGCAUAG